CCUCCAUGCUUCCCUCUUCCAAAUUUCGAUAGGGUUGCCGUCUCCGCCGUCGCCGCCGUGUCCACAGCCGCAGCAACCACCGAGCCACAGCUGAUCAUGGCGGGGGCAAACUCGUCAUUUCACGUUCCCAAAUUCGGAAAUUGGGACACCGACGACGUACCUUACACCAUCUGUUUCGAAAACGCCCGAGAACUCCGAGCCGCCGGCAUCAACUUCGAUCCCAACGAUCCCGACACCUACCCGCCGGAGGUCUUCAAGCCAGCCGCGCACGACGGCGGAGAACACCAGCGGCGGCCACGCCAACAGCCAAAUCGCGAGCGGGGAGCGAUAAUAAACUCCGGAUCGGAGAAAUUGAGCAGCGAGAGAAGCGGCUCCGAUUACGCACUUCUGAAGAAGAGUAAGGAAAAUGGAGUGGAAGGAAUCAGUAGAUUAGCUCCGGCGGUGGCCGGACAUGGCGGAAACCCGGCGUCGGUGCCGAAAUUUGGAAGCUGGGAUGCGAGAGAUCCGAAAUCGGGAGAUGGGUAUACGGCGAUUUUCAAUAAAAUGAAGAUUGAGAAGCAAAUUGCAGCUUCAAAUCCUCAGGCAGUUCCGCCAUUGAUGAACAAAAGCAAGCAACCCAUAGCUCACACGAACACUACUAGUGGAUUCACUUCAUUUGCUUCCAAGAUAUGUUGUUGUUUACGUACAAAGUGAAGCACUAUCAUCACUACUCGAUGAUAGAACCAUGGAAGUGUUUU